UAUACGAUCCCUACAUAGCCCAUAAUUCCGUAUUGACCCCCUUCCAUUCUUCCUUCCUUCUUCCCCUUUCCGCACGAAGCAGAGGCAGAGCAGAGAAGGGAGAGGGAAGGACCGUCGUCGCCGUAGUCCAAACGCGGGCGCCCGCCAGCGGAGAAGAGAUCCCCAAUUGAAAUUGACACAUCGGGCACAAGCUUCUUCUUCUUCUUCUCCGGACACGCUGCCUGCCUGGCGGCGGCGGCGGGGGCUGGUGAUGCAGCAGCGGCGGAAGUCGCCGUUCGCGGCGGCGCCAGCGGCCGCGAAGCAGGAGGAGGCGGCGCCAGCGCGCAGGCCCGGCGCGCGGCUGUCGCUGGCGGGCCUCCUCGUCUCCAUCUUCCUCGUCGCGGCCUUCCUCUACCACGAGGACUCGGUCGUCAAGCCCCAACCCCUCGCCAUCGCCGGGGCCGAGCGCGCCAGGUCUUCCCCCGACCUCCGCCUCCUCCAGGAGGCCGCCCUGCCCCACCACGAGGCCGCCGUCAACUCCCACUCCCACUCCCAGCCCCAGCAAGACGACGAGGAGCAGCACCACCGCGUCGAUGCCGAUGCCCAGCCGGGGAAGAAGAAGAAGAAGGAGCCGGCAGCGAACAAGCAGCAGCAAGCCGAGCCGGCCGUCCUCCUCGACGCGCCGCCCAAGCCGAGCGGCAACAUCAGCGGCAGGGCGGCGGUGGAGGUUCCGUGGGCGCCGGAGCCGGCGGCGUGCGACCUGUACCGCGGGUGGUGGACCUACGACGCCGAGGGGGAGCAAGCGCCGCUGUACCAUGAAUCCGAGUGCGAGUUCCUGACGGAGCAGGUCACCUGCAUGCGCAACGGCCGCCGCGACGACUCGUACCAGCGCUGGCGGUGGCAGCCCUCCUCCUGCGACCUCCCAAGGUUCGACGCGCGGGCGCUGCUGGAGCGGCUGCGGGGGAAGCGGCUGAUGUUCGUGGGGGACUCGCUGAACCGGAACCAGUGGGAGUCCAUGGUGUGCCUGGUUUCGUCGGCGAUCCCGUCCAGGGAGCACAAGACGCUGGCCAAGUUCGUCGGCCCCGGCGGCGCGCUCAACGUCUUCACGGCCACCGAGUACAACGCCACCGUGGAGUUCUACUGGGCGCCAUUCCUCGUCCAGUCCAACUCCGACGACCCGCAGGUGCACAGCGUCGUCGACCGCGUCAUCGCCUGGCGCUCCAUCGCCAAGCACGCCCGCCAUUGGAGGGGCGCCCACUUCCUCGUCUUCAACACCUACAUCUGGUGGCUCAACACAUUCGAGAUGAAAGUCCUCAAGAACCCGAGGGUGUCGCCGAGCAAGUACUCGCUGGUGGACAGGCCGGUGGCGUACAGGGAAGUGCUCAAGACGUGGGCAAAGUGGGUGGACAGGCACAUCGACCCAAAGAAAACCAUGGUCUUCUUCAUGGGGAUGUCUCCAAAUCACAUCGCGCCGGACACGUGGGGAGGGCAGCCGGGAGCGGUCAAGUGCGCGAUGGAGACGGAGCCGAUCAUGAACCGGACUUGGGUGAACAUCGGCACGGACUGGCGGCUGCACGGGGUGGCGCAGGGCGUGUUGGGAUCCAUGCGCCGCGUCCCCGUGCACCUGGUGGACAUCACGGCGCUGUCCGAGUUCCGCAAGGACGCGCACACCUCCGUCCACACGCUGCGGCAAGGGAAGCUCCUGACAAGGGAGCAGCAGGCCGACCCCAGGGCAUACGCCGACUGCAUCCACUGGUGCCUCCCCGGAUUGCCAGACACCUGGAACCACUUCCUUUACGCCCGCAUCAUCGCCGAUUCCCGUUCUUCUUCUUCCACUACGCCUGCUUCUUCGCUUGACAUCAGUGCUACUAGUUCGUAGCAUAUAUAGUUGCUGCUGUUAGCCUACUUCUUACUCACUGGUUUCUUCUUCUUGCUAUUUCUUUGUUUGUUUGUUCGUGGAAUCGAUCAAUCAAUCUGUGAGUAAUUCUUUUUGUAGAAGGUUGAUUAGACUCAGAAACAAACACACGUUGUUGGCUGUGGGCUGUGGCUGGGGAUGAUGAUGAUGGAGAGAGUGAGUACAUGAUGGUGGUCAUAAUGA